AAAUAGAUGUUUUCUUCAGAGGGCUGUCAGUUCACCACCAGCUCUGUGGAGGGGAAGUGAGACGACCGACCGACCAGAAAUACUUUCUUCUCUGUUUAUUCUCCUGCUUUCUUACCAUCAACAUGCUGAAGGUCGCGCUGGUCGCUGUCAUCAUGGCGGUUGUUUCUGCAAAUCCAGGUGAGAAGUUGUUUAGCUGCUGUAAGAAAGUCAGCACAGCUGAGAUCAAAGAACCGAUAAUAAAGUUUGAGGUCCAGCGGUCGAAUCCUCCGUGUGUGACAGCCGUCAUCUUCACCACCCAGACGGGGCAUUACUGCAGCCACCCUCAGGCUCCCUGGGUUUUCCAGAAGAUCCAAGAACUGAGGAGAGCCAAAGCUCAGCUGUCCACUCCUCAGGUUGUCGCUUCAACCCCUCCAUCAACUUCAUCUUCAUCUUCAUCUUCAUCUUCGUCUUCAACUUCAUCUUCGUCUUCAACUUCAUCUUCGUCUUCAUCUUCCGUGCUCCUCUCCAUCAUUACAUCCACCGCUGCUCCGCCUUCAUCAUCAUCACCCGGACCGUCUUCUUCAUCUACGUCUUCGUCUUUCUCCUCUUCUGCCUCCACAACCGCAGAAAGUGAGACGUUUUCUGCAUCCACAGAUCAGUAGAUCUGCAGCUGAUGCAGAAAAACAGAAAAUAUAUUUAAUUUGUUUCUCUGUACGACUAAAAACUAAAGAUAAGAAAAAUGAAAGAAUAGAAUUAAGCUAAAUUCACGUUAAAUAUUCCGUUUUUCAGUGUUAAUUUGGUAACGUUAUUUAUUAAAGUAUUUCACUGUGCAGGUAGAGGAUAAACUAUAUUUAUAUUUAUUUACAGAGCUCCAAAGAGUUUAAUAAAUGAUAAAAUUGUCUGUAAAAUAUUUUAAGCUAUCUGUUUACUUUAAGGCAUUAACUUUUCACUCUGAAGUAAAACUGUAAAGAUAUAAAGAUUGUUUUUAGAAAUAAAAAUAUCUAAUCUAAAA